UUUGGUGUGCUACAUCGCAGCAUCAUAGAUUGCAGGCCUGCAGAUCGUGCAGAACAUCUCAAAAAUACGAAACGUUAAAUGGACUUUUAAUUAUUUGAGUGAGUUGAAAAACGUUUCAAAAUAAGAACCUGAAACGAACGCAGGUGAUACUGCAUUGGAAACUCAUGUUCGAUUUAAAUCUAACCUCCACUUGAACUGGUAAAACGAUGUUGAUGAACUGGUGCAAGGUCAAAAGAUCAUCGCCGAAAUGAUCUUUGCGCGGCGUCUUGCCCCGCUGUUUACGACAAUAAUUUUAGUUUCAUCUAAAUUGUUCACGAAAAUGCGCUGCCUCAAGCUUGUCGUUUUAUUUGUCGUUUUCCUGGGCGUCGAGUCCAAAUUUAAAUGCGAGCAGGGCGUCUAUUAUUUGGAGAACGACUGCAACACCUGCUUUUGCGAUCCGUACGGCGAUCUGGGUUGCUCCAGCUAUCCAUGCUUUUCGAGGGAGUUUGAGCAACUCCUAAACUGUAAAGAUGGGACUGUAACGAAAAGAGGGUGUAACAUUUGUGAGUGCGUUGGAGGUCGAGGAACUAUUUGUACGAAUAAGACAUGUCGCAAAUAAAAUGGAACUUAAUUACU